UUUUUCUAAACAAAACUAAUUCCUCCUAAUCUACACCUUUACAUUCGGUAGUUACGACGCACAGUAAACAGCACUAAACAUUAAUUAAAAAUGGAGAAGUUAAUAAUGGUUUUGAGGGUCGUGUAAACCGUUUCGGUCCCUCCCGAAUAACACCCAUACUCCCCGAAGUCCAUCGAAAAAGCGUGUUGCUGCCACCAGCAGUUGCUGCUGAUUUUUUUAUUUCCGAGUUGCGGGCUGGAAGGCCGAGUGUGUGGAAAGUGCGGCUCCGGUUGGGGCGCUCGUCAGGGGGAAGAGAGAUGGCGUGUUUGUUGGAGGCCCCACUCCGCAUCAGCGUGUUGUCUGAGGUCACCGCCACCAGUCGCCAUUAUGUUGACAGAUUGUUCGACCCCGACCCUCAGAAAGUACUACAGGGAGUCAUUGACAUGAAAAAUGCCGUCAUUGGAAACAACAAACAGAAAGCUAACCUGAUCGUGCUGGGAGCGGUGCCCAGGUUGUUGUACCUGCUCCAGCAGACGUCGUCCAGUGCGGAGCUGAGGACGGAGUGUGCGGUGGUGUUGGGCAGUCUGGCCAUGGGGACGGAGAACAACAUCAAGUCCCUGGUGGACUGCCACAUCAUCCCUGCCCUGCUGCAAGGUCUGCUGUGUCCGGAUCUGACCUUCAUCGAGGCGUGUCUCCGCUGUCUGAGGACGGUCUUCAUCAGCCCCGUCACCCCGGAGACGCUGCUGUACACUGACCCCACUGUGAUCCCCCACCUCAUGUCUCUGCUGAGCCGGUCACAGCGCACCCAGGAGUACAUCACCCAGAUCUUCUCCCACUGCUGCAAGGUCAGGGGUCAGGGGUCAGGGGUCACGACGGGGGGCGAAGACGGCGAUGCAGCAGUAUCUGGCGUGACAGUGGGCGGGGGCAGGAAGUCGCCCGACUGCCGGUCGCCGGGAGUGUGGAACAGAAGAACCAAAAUGGAGCCUGUCUUCCAUUUUGCAACAGGAUGUUUCCCCUCCCUGCUGUACCGGCCUGGCAAACAGACGGUGCUACGAAUUGCCAGUUCUCGAUGCUCUGCGGUCCAUGCGGUUCGCACGCGACUCUACGCCCGCCUGGGCCGCAGCAGCCGUGUAGAGAGCCCCCCUCUGCUGGACACGUGGUGA